GUCGUGGAAAUGUCUGUCGUAGAAAGUUUGGAGGUGGAUUCGUGCAGCGAUCUUUUAAUCGCCAAUGCAUUAAUUUAAGGAAGUAAACAAAAUGAUAGAGUAAUAAAACACCGACAAUUAUGACAAAUACAAAUGAAGUAACAUUUCAAGAGCUUGAAGCAACUGAUGUUGUAAGCAUAGAUCUUGUACCUGAACGGAAGGGAAUUAUACUAAAACACUGCGAGUAUUAUGUCAGCUCAAGGCGUCAUGGCACAACUGUAACCAGAAGAUAUAAUGAUUUUGUACAGCUUUACGAUGUGCUAUUUGCUAAAUAUCCUUAUCGGGCUGUAUGUCAGCUACCUCCGAAACGUGUGGUGGUUGGGGGCGGAAGUGGACAGUUCUUAGAAUCCCGUCGCGCUGCUCUCCAACGUUGGCUUUCGUUGGCCGCCUGUCAUCCAAUAUUGGCGCAUGACGCUGACUUGCGCACCUUUCUAUCUGAGUCGGUCCUGCGCCUCGAGAAACCUAAGCACGACGAGUUCGUGCUUGCCGGUACUCAGUGCGAUGAACAGGAAGAAACACCUCUAGAGGAAAUGAAGGCGAGGUUUGCGAAGGAGCAGGAACAACUGCGGAUCUUGUACUUGGGGAUGGAUAGGCUAGCGCAGAUAUUCGAUAGAGUUAAAAUCAGAUGCGAAGCAGAAAAAUCAGAUUUCCGUGAGCUGGGGGCCGCGCUGCAGGCGCUGUCGACGCGGGACGCCGCCGACACCCCGCUCUGGACCCGGCUCAAGCAAGCUUACGGCGACGCGGCGCUGGUAUGUACCGGGGAGAUGUUCGACGACGAGUCUGUGGACAGCGAGGCGGAGGGGCGGGUGUCGCUGGCGCGCGACGCGCUGGCGGCCGGCCGCGAGCUGUGCGCGCGGCUGGGGCGCGGCCUGCACGCAGAGCGCGCCGCCGCCGCCGCGCUCGCGCCGCCGCACGCGCAGCUGCGGAGACGACACCUCUACGCGCUCACCGCCGUCCUUCAGGAAGCGUGCGUGUGGCGCGCGUACGCCGCGGCCGCGCUGCAGGCGCUGGGGGGGUUGGCGCGGGCGCGCGGGGCGGGGCAUGCGCGGGCCGCCGCCGCCUGGGCGCGCCUCCACGCCGCGCUGCCGCCCGCCGCUUCCGCGCCAUACUAAAGGGAUUAGUUAUUUCGAAUAGCAUAUCCAGGCCCACAUUUUUUUAAGGGAUUUAAUUACCUGGUAAUUAAAACCUUUGGGUCAAGUCUUAUUUUAAUGAAAAUAUGAAACAUGGCAUGCAAUGAAAUGAGAUAAGAUAAAAUGAGAUGAUAUGGGAUGAAAUAUAAUUUCAGUAAAACGGUGGUCAUUUACUCAGACUUUUUCAGUGGAUUUUUUGGAGGAUCCUGAGAAGUUACGUCCAUUGGCUUUGUUUUAUUUUCUCACAUUUAUGUACUUCCAGAGAUACUGAACAGUUAAUAAACCAAUGUUAUUACACAUUUAAACCGGAAUAAACACUAAAUAGACAGUAAAAAAAUCACACAACUUCACUCCUUGCGUUCCCGCCAAAAAAUCUUGCAGGCUCACAACUACUAUACUGACUAUAAUUAGACCCGGUAUAGUUUUAAUUUUAUAGAUGUUAUGCUCGUGAGGCGCAUAACACCUGCCCACAGCAAUGAUACUGAAAGACGAUCACGACCACUCUGACAAGAGUGAUACGACAAAGGAGAGAUAGUUAUAAACAAUUUUUUCUGUCCAUGCGUCCGUGACAACGAAACCACUGUGAAGUAUUCGAAAUGUC